CCAGUUCAAAUUUUUGUAUUCGUAACGUUGAAAGGGGGUUUCUGCCACGAGACACCGCCCCGGGUUUUGAAUGGUCGGUAAGCGCAGGCCUUGGAAGGGACGGCAAGGGGAAAGUUUCGGUGCUGGCUGGCUGGACAUGCACUGAUCGCCCGUUGGGAUUCUCGCGCAGCCCUACGCGCGGGGAAUGGGUUUUUGGGUUCUUCAUCAGUUUUGGCUUCUUCCCCGUCUUGUUGCACUCACAAUGGUAGAUUUUGAAGUAGCCGUGUGGUGUCCAGGGCAAGUAUCCUUCCCUAGAUCGUUUGCGAAAGCAAUGUGCUUUGUCGAUGAAGAAGCUUGCAAUGCAGGAGCUGGGUGUUCGACCAAGCUCAGGAGCUGAUUCUCUUACCUGGUGGCUUGAGCGAGGGGAAAUGGUCGCCGGAAGUUAUGACUCGGGGCGGGGAUCCCUUUCUCAACCGCGCAUUGCUCAGAUUAACGAGCAAGAACUGAAGCUUGCGGAGCUGCGGCGUAGCAAAGGCCCAUUCGAUCGAGCUGUAAGAGCAUUGACCACGAACAUUCGCGAAGCUUAUGAGAAUAUCAUUCUCGAGAAUCUGCCAAGAUCAGAGUCGAUAGAGCAGCAGCUGUGGCGACUUCACUACAGUUUCAUAGAGGAAUUCCGAGCCCGUCUAGGGAAGCUCAAAGCGGCUGCUCUUGCUGCUGCAAACGUUCCUAACAAGAAGAAAGCUGUAGAGCAGCAGAAAUUUGAAAGAGUAGGGGGUCAGUACAAGUGCUUUCUCGAUGAAGCAACCGGGUUCUACCAUGGACUGAUUGCAAAGCUAGGGGCCAAGCAUGGGCUCUCAGGGAAAUUGUCUUCUUCCAGCAAUAUAACUGAAAUUAGCAGCAGCAACGAUAGGUUCAGAAGAUGCCAGUGUGUCUGCCACAGAUGCUACAUAUAUUUGGGAGAUUUAUCUCGUUAUAAAGAACUUCACCUGGUUGUCGAAGGACGUACUCCUGAUUGGUAUGUAGCAGCGAAUUAUUAUCGGCAAGCCUCCGCUCUGUGGCCCGUCGGGGGCAACCCUCAUAACCAGCUCGGUGUGCUGGCCACUUAUGCAGGAGACAACCUGCAGGCUUUAUACCAUUAUCUCUACAGCUUAGCUGUGCCUCUUCCCUUUACCACUGCUCGUGCAAAUGCCAAGUUGCUCUUUGAGAAGAAUCAACAUCAUAAUUCUCAGCUUUCGAACUCACCUGAAGAAGAUGUGGCUAUUGACAUUCAAAUGGCACAACCAUUUGAGAGUCAUACCACCAAGUCCAGCACCGAAUCCCACAAAGAGUGUCCUCUUGCUAGACUGCAAAGACGGUUUCGUGUGCACUUCAUUACUAUUGUUGGACUCCUUUUCAACAAAUCAGGACUGGAAGAAGUAUCUGAACUUUCUAAGCCACUACUUCGAGAAGCGCAGCUGCUUCUCUCUCAAGACAAUACGCUUAUUACAUCCUCUUUCACCCUCGAGAAAUCGAAUCCUUUCAAGAAUCAAGCGUUCAGCGUCAUGCAACUGGUGGUACUAUUAAUCCUUUCCAUCCACAAUGUCGGGCCCAAGAAAGAGAGGAGCAGUUGCAAUUCAGAUGGACCAGAGAUAUCACCGUUUGUGAUGCAAGCCAUUAUAUUUGCUUUACAAUUCACGACUGUUGUGUUACAGCAUUGCACAAGAACGGAAGAGCCAUGUUGCAGCCAUUUGUUCCCUGCGAUAGUAGUCUUCUGCAAUUGGCUUGCGAGCUAUCCUGACUUUGUCCAACAAAUACAGGGCGAUGAAGACUGUGAAAAAUCUCUUCGCAGCUUUGGGAAUGAAGUAUGCAUACUUCUGUCCAAGUGUCUUCAACAAGUUUGUUUGGCGAAAGGCCAUGAUAACGAUUGCAUAGCCUUUUCUGAGAAGGAGGGUCAACAUGGAACUGAAACGAUUCUAUGGGAGGAUAAAGAAUUGUCCGGUAUAGUUUCUUUGAAGUGUUUAGACACUUCCGAGAUUGCUUUGAAAUCAUCUAUGCAGGCAAAGAGUGGACCAAGUGCAGCUGAGUCAGCUUGCAUAGUGCGCAUGGAGCGUCUUACGAAAGCCUUGACGUUCCUUGGUUCCAUAAUUAAAUCGGAAUAUUUAGAACAUGAAAUCACUAACGUUGUCAGCAAGUUUCCAUUUGGAUUGGCCUCUGGGAGAGCGAGUUCUGAAAGGAAUAAAUAUUCUCAAUCCUCUGGAGCCUCAGUUAGAACAAGGGAUGGAUCAUUGGAACCGAAAACUCAAGGCCCGUCUAUUGUGCAGCGUAGCUUCGAGAUAAGUCUGGCAAGUCAUUGUAGGAGAGAGGACCAAAUUUUUUUAAAGUCCAAGGAGCAGAAGAUGGAACCUGCUGGGCAUCUCAAAUCCACUAGACAUUCAUCCGGAGGAACAAUUUUACAACAGUCAGGAAGUGAGCUUUGCGACAAUAAUCCAUCAGAAACAAUCGUGGAAGAUCCUGUUCGCUGUAAUGUAGAGCACAAAGACGACGGUGCACUGGGUUCCGCUGGCCGAGGGCUGUCUCUUGGAGACUGGGUAAAAGCGCCCAACGCGUGCAACGAUGACAACGUUGAUCCGUCCCCGGCCUUCAAUAAACGGAGUAUGUCCCGGCCCGGGUUGCCAGAGGCUUCACAGCAAGCUCACAUUCACUCAUCAGCUGAAGAGUCAUUCAUUCCAAGUCUGAGCUUCAAGUUAGCUCCUCGUGUGACACCAAAACCUCCCCGUGCUCUAUCUUGCAGCAAUCUUGUACAGUCCGAAGCUGGUGAACCAAGAGGACUGCGACAACCUCCAGAUUUGUCAAGAUCUAAUGCCCAUGUAGCCAUAUCAUUAAAUCUGCCAGGCUCCAUCCAAGUCCCCAUUGAUCUUGAUUGCAAAUCGCCGCUUAAUGUAGAGAAGGAUGCGAUCAAGGAUGAAGACGUCAAUCUUAGCCAGAUCAAAAAACGGAGAUUUGGGUGUCACGAGCCUUUGAGAAGGCCUGUUUCAGAUGGUAACAUAGUUAGUGAAGCAACUCAUGAAGAAGAAAGCACGAAGAGAGGACAUGGUGCUGAUAUUGAACCAGGGCAACAGAGUUCCUUGACAACUACCGCGAAGGACGCUACUUUCGUAGCCCAUGUUUCUGGUGAACAAGAAAGGAGCGUUUCUAUUCAAGUGGUGCUAGAUCAGUCCGUUCAAACUCCUGUAGGUCACAUGAUUGUUGAUGACGUUGAACGGGCUGACUAUGAAUCUAUUGCCACCGGAGAUUCUAAGCUAGCUGCUCAAGAAGAAGGCAAUCAAUACCUAGCUUCUUCUGCGAAGGCUUUGGUAGAUGCUCCCAAAGCAGCUUUGGAGGACUGCUACAUUGGAGGUCAAGGCAAGAAAAGGAAGCAUGAAACUCUAACACCAUUGCCUUCCUCAAGAUGUCAGCAUUGUCAAGGUGUAAGCCCAGGCGAAGGUGCAAGCUCAGAGAAGGUGAACUGGUGCGCACCCCAAAGUCGAAAACAAAAGAUUGAUGUCAAUGCGGGGUUUAUGAGGCAGAGACAAGGAUGGGGCCAACCUUGCAAGGAUCCUCACCUUAGUGCCUCUUGCUGUAGCCUCUCAGAGUUGGACGGGAGGAUGUACUGGCUUCCGGCCUCAUCCAAGCGACUUCGAGUGAUGAAGGAAUGGGAGUGCGAGGAGGACUACAGUUGGCUUGACACAUACACUCAUGUUGUACCACGAUCGUUAUCAACACUAGCGCAUGCUAUGAGUGUAUCCUCGUUCUCAUUUUCUGAGUUUGGGGUUUUCCGUGAGUAUGGAGCAAGUGCAAAUGGUGCCAGAUUAGCUUAGUACCUCAUGUGGUCGUGACAGUGCACCAGAAUGUCGUUUCUCGGACAGUUCACGCAAGGGUUAUUGGUAUACUAAUAGAAUUCUUAUAGGCAAGUUGAGUGGGUCCUAUUCUUAAUUGUCAUGGGAUGUGUUAUUAUGAUAGUUUCCAUUCACAAGGUAAAAUUUCCCAAGAUGCACAACAAACCAUAUACAUUGUGGGCGACAGACAACUAUUUCGAGCUCAGGAAUCCUUACCAUUCGUUUGUAAACUCGAUUUAGUAGCUGCCCAUUGCGUUAUGGAUUACUCGUGUGUUCUCUAGCGUGUCAUAGAUUCACCGAAAGUGCGAUACUAGUUGGUAAUCGACAGGAAUACAAUAGCAGAUCUUGUCUAUGAAAGUGACGUAGUAGAGAAGAGCUGAAGCCCAGCCUAAAUCCAGCACCGCAGCGUAUCCUGCGGGCUGAGUUUCAAAGAUUGCAGCCCGCAGUGGGUGAGGAAAGAAUUUUUUUGUCCAUGUGCUCGUGUUUUGCAUUUGGAACGCGUUCAGAACCGACGGAGAGAAAUUGUUGAAAACAGUGUUGCUGAAAUAUUUCAAGCUCGUCCUGUGAGGAUAUGAUCGCGAGAUCCCACUGGGGUGUUCAUACUAAGGAACCAGCUGAGUUGCAGCAAGCCGAAACGUAGACCAUGAAGGCAAACAAUGCCAGAGUAGCUCUGCAACAUGGAUCAACUGUGGAUGCAUCGAUGGCUUUUUCUCUUGAAUUCAAGUUGGUUGCUGGUGAAUGGCAAUAAGGCAGGCGAGGUGCUGUUCAGAAACGAUUUAGGUGUUUUUUAAAGUUAUUUGUAUCCAUAUGAGUUUUUUAAAUUUUUUUGUUAUGUUCUUCUUCUUGUAGGAUGAGUUGUUGAUAAGAUAAUUUUAGAAAUUAUUUGAUGGUUUUUUAUUCUUAUUUUUAUUUAUUUUUAUUAAAAUUUUGCAAAUCCAAAAUAUUGCGUGCUUUUACUACUA